AUGAUCGGCCGGUUGCGGGCCGAGCCGGCCAUGCAGAAGAAGUUUACUAUCCGGCGCCAAGCCCGACGGCUGCACAUGCCGAAGGUGGCGCAGUAUCUGGAGCGCGUGGCGCGAUUUAAGGAGAAAUUAGCAGUAAUUGUUUAUGUGGUAUCCGGCCAGCCGGCUCGCGCACCCGAGUUAUUAAGUAUUCAACAUGUGAAUACCGUGGCGAAUCGACAGCGCAAUAUCUAUAUCGAGGACGGGAUAGUGGCGUUGGUGACAGCGUACCACAAGGGGUUUUACGCGAGUAACGAUAUAAAGAUUAUUCAUCGAUUUGUGCCACGGGAGCACUGGGGCACCACCACAGCGCAAAGCUCCACCACAGCGCGCAAAGCACCACGGCGCAUGCCACACACGCAACGCAGGGCACCACGGCGCAGGGCACGCACGCAGCGCACGGCAUGCAGGGAAUACAUGCAACGCAGAGCACCACGGCGCAUGGCACGCACGCAACGCAGGGCACCGCCACGGCGCAAAAGCACCACCACGGCGCAGAGCACCACGGCGCAUGGCACGCACGCAACGCAGGGCACCGCCACGGCGCAAAGCACCACCACGGCGCAGGGCACCACAGCGCAGGGCACGAACGCAACGCAGGGCACCAACACAGUGCAAAGCACCACCACGGCGCAGGGCACCACAGCGCAGGGCACGCACGCAGCGCAGGGCAUGCAGGGAAUACAUGCAGCACAGGGCACUACCACAGCGCAAAGCACCACGGCGCAUGCCACACACGCAACGCAGGGCACCACGGCGCAGGGCACGCACGCAGCGCAGAUCCGCGAGGAUGCGUUUUUAUGGGGACCCGACCCCGGUACCCGGCGCAAAUGGACCUCCGAGCGGUUCCGGGAGGUGUUAAAGCGCGAAACCAAGACCCGGUUAAAGCAGGCUAUUAAUAUCCAGUGGUAUCGCGAUAUCGCCAUUGGGAUUAGCCGACGAUUUUUGCGAGCCACCGCCGCGUUUGCCAGCAACAUGCAGGAGGAGAGAGACUUGGCACAGGCCGUGCUAAACGCCGACACCGAGGAGGGCGGCGCAUUCAUCCCAAUUGGCGGGUGGAGUGUAUGGCCGUGGUAUUAUAGAGCAGCCCGGGACCACGGCACAUCGCCGCGCAAUGUUUCGGCUCUCCAGCACCGAUUGGCACCGGUUUUGGGGUUUGCAUCCGCCGCGGAGCCCAGCCCGUUGGGGAAGCGCAAGAGAUCACCAUGGGAGGACGAAGCCGAGGAGGGCCGAGUCGUCCGACGUCACCGGCUAAAUAUCGCAGAUAUGCGCACCACGUUGCAGCACAUGACCGGGCAGGAGGAUAUCCAGUUCCGGGGCGUCCAGGCACCGGCGUUGCGCGCCAUUCAGGACGGCCAGAGCCCGGUCGUCGCCAUUAUGCGCACCGGAGGGAAAAAGCAUGUUGUUUAUGUUACCUGCAUUCGCCGAGCCCAGUGGUACUACCAUUGUGGUCGUGCUAUUAAUAUCAUUGCGGAACGAUAUGGUGCGGCGCUGUCGCGAGUUGGUCGACGGCCACCGGACGAAGCGACAAUCGUACUGGUCACACCGGAAUCCGCGGUGCAGGAGGAUUUUCAAACAUUUAUUAACCGGUUGCAGCAAACACGCCGGUUGGACCGGAUCGUGAUCGACGAAUGCCAUGUGAUAUUAAACAACCAAAGGGAUUUCCGACCCGAGUUGCGACAGCUGGGGCGGUUGAACCACGCGCGAACCCAGAUGGUGUUAUUAACUGCCACGUUGCCGCCGCGGUUGGAGGCGAAGUUAUUCCGGCGCAUGGAGUAUUCCCGCGAGCAAGUCCAUAUAUUUCGGGACCGGACAAGCCGUCCCAACGUGGCGUAUCGCGUGUGGCGGCCGGAGCUGGGUCGGCGUUCCAUGCAGUGGUUUACCAGCGAGCCGGUGCUCGCGUUUAUCCGCGAGCGAAUCCUGCUCGCCAAGGAUGGCAAGGUGGUGGUAUACGGCCAUGUGGUCCGUCAGGUAGUGGAGAUUGCACGCGAGUUAGCGUGCGAGGCGUACUACAGCAAGCAGGUUAACAAGCCAUCUAUAUUACAGCGAUUUACCCGGGGCGAGGCGCGAGUAAUUACCGCCACCAGUGCAUUGGGCAUGGGUGUGGAUAUCCCCGAUAUUCGCAGUAUUAUCCACAUUGGAACACCGCGGUCGUUGUUGGAGUACGGGCAGGAAACCCGAGGGCUGGGACGAGCCCAGCCGGAGACGCCAGAGGCCGUGGCGGAUCGCGAGUUGUGGACGAGUACUCGGGGUGGCGCCGGGGUGGGAUGUCGACGGUUUGUAUUAGACGCGUACAUGGACGAAACAGUGAAUGGCUAUACGCGCCGAUACUGUCAGGAUAUUAAUUCCACGGAGGCACUAUGUGAUGGCUGUGACGCCGAUUGGCUCGCGCAGGAGUCGGUUUGCAUGUCCCCGGACAGAUAUUCCCCGGACACCCGCAUGGACGAUCUCGCCAGCACGACAAGCCCACCACGCGAGAUUAGCGCUACGGGCAGUCCCCAUUCCCAUGGUAGUGGCGAAUUAUUUCCAUUAUCGCAUAUUAUACCGCAGAGCACGCAGAAUAUCGCGCCAAAUCCCACACGCCGGUCCCAAUCCCAUGACAGUACAGAAUUAUUUAAAACUCAAGUAAUAUCGCAUGUUAUACCGCAGAGCACGCAAAAUAUCGCCCCCAAUACCACGGCCAAUCCCACGCCCAAUCCCACGCCCACUGUUAGUAUCGCCAAACGCCAGCGCCAACGGGUGCAAGACCAGCGCCAUGCAGCGCCCUGUAUUCAAUGCCAGGUGCAAGAUGCACGGCAGUGGUUGGACAAAGGAAACCAUUGA